UACGGACACGCAAACAUUAGGGAGAUACGUCGAGUGACACAUCUUUAUAGUAUCUAAUCUUUGGUCUGGUGACGCACGUUGCUAAGAAACAUCGUGAUAAUUUAAAUGCAUGCAUUGAUUGCCAUUUUGUUUUUGAACAGGACAGGUUUAAUUAAUAAACCUCAAUUUUUCGGACUUUUCUUGCUUUAAUUUGUUUUAAAAUGUCUAUGUCUACUUCAUAUCGUUACGAGGUUGAGAACCCGAGUGCUAAAAUGUUAAAGAAAGCGCUACAACGGCAGCAACAGAGAAUUAGGGUGAGUGAGAUUUACACUAUUAAAGUAUUAAAAUGGCGCGGUAUUUGAAAUUUUUUCACGUGUUGGGUUUAGUGUGUUUUAAGCUUUUCUCAUGGCUAAAAUAGUACGUUUUGUAACUGUGUUACUGUAGUUGUUUGUAUAUAACAUGUUUAUUGCCUAUAAAAUGUGGUUAAAACUGUAUAAAAUGUAUUUGUACAUACAAGUACACGGUGUCUUUUAAUAUAAUUAAUUGUGUUAAUAGAACUUUUUACUGUAAAAAGCUUGUCUUUCAUCAUUUCAUGGUUAAUAGAGUUAACCUGAAAAUGUACAUAAUCCAAAAUUAAUAAGAUUUCAAGGCAAAGAUGUCGUUUAGUCUUGUUCAUUGGUUAUAAAAGUGCCUGAAAUAUAUAAUGUCGUGUUUAAAAAUAUUUUAUUUUUAAUUUAGAAUGACGAAUCAAUGACAGAAAAAGAAGUUGCUGUUAAAAAGUAAGAAACAACGUUCACUUUGGCUGUAAAGUCUUAAGAGCCUAUUUUCCACUAGCCGAAUUUUUUCCCUUACCAAUCACAUUGCCAAGAUUUGUUUUUCACUUCGCAUGAACAAAUUUGCCUAGUGGAAAGUGGGCUUAACUGAAAGAAGUCGAACCUUGGUUUGAAUGGGCCUUACAUGUAACCCUUCAAGUGGCAUAAUGCACCCUUGCAGGAAGUACAUCAGUACAUCUAUGGAGCCUCGUUUUCAUGUAUGUAACAUUAGUUAAAGUCGAACACGAGAGUGACAAGACUAGUGACGAGACUAUGGCCAAUGUGACAUACUCUCCAGAAGUGGACAUGUAUUGCACCCUACUAUUUAUUUUACUCUGUCUAAUACCAGAUGAUUUUACUCGCCAAGGAGAAAGGCAUGAAAGACCUUCUUUGCAUUAACUUUCUUGCUCAUGACGAUGUACGUCCCUUCUUUUUACUUAGUCUAUACGAACACCAACACAUAUUUUAUGUUUCUAGUGAUAUGAGAACAAUACUCCUGGCUGAUUGGGUUGAAAAAUUGGAAGAGGUACUCCUUGUGCUGCAGUAAUUAAUAAAAAAAAAAGUAAAAUUGGAAAGCCUGCAAUAUUCCACAAUUCACAAAUACAUGAUUGUCUUUAUCUUUGAUGCAAGAGCAUUUAACACAAGUGACACAGUGAUCUGGCUAUACAUUGCAAAGUUUCAGAUUGAUAGGAAUAGUACAACUACCAGAAAAAUACACGAUUGACAUUCUGAGCAAUCAAUCUGAUUGACAUUCUGAGGCAUAAAAAACAAAUAUCUGUGGUUCCGGUUCCCGACCGACCCUAUUUUUUUUUGCCGACUCUAUUAUUUUUUCAACGCGAUUGACCGUGUGACCCUAUUUUCUCCGGGUGGUUGCGGGCUGCUGCAAAAAUGGCAUCUGUUGUCACACUAAUUAUUGAAAAAAAUAUUAAAAAAAAAAAUUUCCGACCUACCGACCUUAAUUUUUUCGCGAUAUGAAACCGGAACUACAGGUAUUUUUUUACGCCUGAGCAAUCAAUCUGAAGCUUUGUUAUUAUUGACACUACCUACACUGGCACACACCAUUCAUGAAUGGUUUCAUAUGGCUCAAUCUCAUGAUAUCAUUGUGACUUUUGUAGACAUGUUUUAAAAAGAAAGCAAAGAGGAAUGCCGAAGAAAUGAAAGGAGAACUCCAUCAUGCAAAUCAAGAAUUAAUUGCUGUAUGUCGACUUUUGAAAUUUUUCCAAUCUCAAACACAGCCAUGGUUGUUGUAUGGACUACCAGACCAGGGCCAUGCCAACCAGUAUCUGAUUUGGGGGGUAUUAAAAAAUUUGGGCCCCCUUCCAUUCCAGGGCCCCCUCCAAAGAAAUUUUCUGGAAAGCAAAAAUUUUUUCUCAACACUAGUUUUCGACCUAAAUUUUCCGAACAAAUCCUUAAAAUUUAACAAAUUUCGCAAUUCCAGCAUGCCAGGGCCCCCUUCCCGCAAGUUGGGUCCCCUUUUUUUACUUUUCCACCCCCCCCCCAGGUGUUCCGGGCCUGUGGCUACUUGAAAAGAUUAAAUAUUCUUGGGUUAGGAACUCUGGUUCAAAAUCGAAAUUUCCUUGAAAAUUUGAGUUGUUUUUCCUUGCUAAUUUGGGUCUUACAUACCAUGCCAUUUUGACGAUAUGCUGUCUGGUUUAGGCACGCGACCCAGGUUUUAAAUAUUUCCCCCUGUCUCUCCCACCAGAACUGACUUUAUUGCUCAAAUGCUGUAGAGAAGAUCUUGUAGUUCAAGAGGAUUGUUAUUGCUGCUUGAACAACCUUUCGUUUACAGCUAACUAUCUAUCUGACUAUCUCUCGAAAAUAAUGUAGUUUUUUGCUGAAUCGUGCACCGUAAUUUAUUUCAAUACAUGAAAAUAAUCUUGCCUCACAUCUUGUCCUGGCAAAGCGGGAUCAUAUAACCCUUAUUCAACAACUUCUGCAUGGUGCCUUUAAUCCCUUGGAGAUGAGGCAGCACUUUCCUUGCGAUAGUAACUCCUACUUAUGGAACUAAUAGCGAGGCUAACUGAACUUUCCCACAGGUGCGGAGAGCUCAACUACAGAACCUAUUAGCAAAUGAAGAAGAACAAUAUGCAGAAGAAUUGAACAAUAUGGGCAAGACAUUUCACACACAGAGAAUUUAGACCAAUGUAUCAUUCUGUAAGUACACGUUGUGUGAUAUACCUUCGUUGUGUGACAGAAUUGUUGAGUUGAUAUAAGAUAGAUUUCAUAGAUUUGUUGGUUAUUCAAUAAGUAAUUGUCUAUUCCUUGGUGUACAAAAGUUAAUAAGGCACUCCUAAUCAUAGGGUCUGAAGUAAUUGUAAAAAUGCAUAUUGGGUAUAUAUUAUUAUAAUGUACAUUGAAAAUUUUUUCCAAUCUUUUAAUUGUAUACAAUAAUCUUUUAUUUUUGGC